GGAGUCGGGCUAUGGAGGGAAGGACUUGGGUCAGUUACAGUGACAGGUAUGUCCAGGAGCCGUUCCUUGUUCCCUCUGGAAGCAGCAGCAGAUGGGCAUUCCGGAGGCUGGUGUGUGUGGGAUGGGCACAGAGUGACUGCGGCCUGAAGGAGCACCCCCCCCCCCCUUCGCUGUGACCGCCUCCUCUUGCAGCUCUAGGUGGGCCUGCCUGUGAGGUGUACCACCUGUUCAGGGGGUAAAGUCCACAUAUGUUUACCUCACCUGGGCGCAGCUUCCGGUGUUCCGAGCCAUGGCUCUGGCCAAGCUGUGCGGAGGGAACUAGCGGAGCGGGCUCAGCAGCGCCUGAGGCCUGGGCAGUUUCCCCGGGGACUGUGUGAGUCAUGGCCCUGCCUGUGCCAGGUGUGGGGUGUGGGACAGACAGAGGCUGAUGUUGGCUCUACCUCACUACCAUGUCCUUUUUCCCAUCACUAGCUAGAGAGUUCAAGUUCAUGGUAGGGGUGCGGGCUGCUGGGAUUUGGCACUGCUGGGGAGACUGUUAACCCUCUGGUGUAUGUGUUGUGUCUGCCUGAACCUGCAGGUGACCCCAGCUAGGCCCCCGGCAGGUGGGCACCUACGCAGCACUUUCAAACAGUUUCCAUUGUCCUGGCUGCGUUGGUGUGGAGUGUCUGCCCUGUUGCAGGCACUGUGCCCAGAGCUGUGUGGGUGGCAGGGUGUUUCCUCCUUGCGGACCCAGCCCUGGGGAGGCUGUAUCCAUCUCUAGUGGACUCUGAGGAGCUGCUGAUGGCCUAGGUGCUUGGCCCAGGUGACAGGGACUGAACGUCUGUAAGCACCCAGGGCCACUGUGCUUGGGAGGACUUCCUUCCAACUCCCUCACUGUCCCUGGUGUGAGCCACCCAAACUGCCUGAGGAAGGGUGGCAGGGUGGGACUGUUGCAGUUGGGAAGCCACGUGACAUGGGCAUCCUCGUGGGUGCCCAGCGUCUGCCUGCCAGAGGGGCCUUCCCUGGAGUUGUGCGUCAUUUUCCAACUGUGGUAAGAGGCCUACGCUCACCACUUUGGAGCCAUGAUAUAGUUGAGUACAUGGAGCCUUGGGCAACAGUUGCCACUGUCCGUCCGUCUUGUAAAGCUGAACUCUGUGCAGAUUGCCUAACGGUUCUGCGUUGUACCUCUCCUCCAGUGGUUCCAGCAGCCACCUUGCUGCCGCUUCGUUUCCAUGGUGACCGUUUGUCUGUCUUUUUCCCUCCAGAACCUCCCCGGGGUGGUGCCCCCGCCAGGCAGCGAUGCCAGGAUGCCCGUCUCUGCCUCCCUCCACCAAGACCGCAGCCAGCAGCGCCCCGUGAGCCUGAGUUCAACCUCGACCACCUCGUCGGGCUCAUCCCGUGACAGCCGUGGUGCCAUGGAGGAGCCCAAUGGAACUGAGGCCCCUGCCGAGAAUGGGGCAGGCUCCCCGCGUGGCCGGCAGGGCUCCAACAGCAACAACAACUCAAGCAGCUGGCUGGCCGGGAAGGGGCCCCGCUCCCCGUUCGGUGGUCGCGCCUCCUCAGCAGGGCCGGCCCACCACAAGCUCAGCUACCUGGGCCGGGUGGUGCGGGAGAUCGUGGAAACAGAACGCAUGUAUGUGCAGGACCUGAGGAGCAUCGUGGAGGACUACCUCUUGGAGAUUAUCGACACACCAGGGCUGCUGAAGCCCGAACAGGUCAGCGCCCUCUUUGGCAACAUCGAAAGCAUCUAUGCACUGAACAGCCAGCUCCUCAGAGACCUGGAUAGCUGUAACAGUGACCCUGUGGCCGUGGCCAGCUGCUUUGUGGAAAGGAGCCAAGAGUUUGAUAUCUACACCCAGUACUGCAACAACUACCCCAACUCGGUGGCUGCCCUGACGGAGUGCAUGCGGGACAAGCAGCAGGCCAAGUUCUUCCGGGAGCGGCAGGCCCUGUUGCAGCACUCACUGCCCUUGGGCUCCUACCUACUGAAGCCAGUGCAGCGUAUUCUCAAGUACCACCUGCUGCUCCAGGAGAUCGCCAAACACUUUGACGACGAGGAGGAUGGCUUCGAGGUGGUGGAGGAUGCCAUUGACACCAUGACCUGUGUGGCCUGGUACAUCAACGACAUGAAGAGGAGGCACGAGCAUGCUGUCCGCUUACAGGAGAUCCAGUCACUGCUUAUCAACUGGAAGGGGCCGGACCUGACCACAUACGGAGAGCUGGUCCUGGAGGGCACAUUCCGUGUGCACCGCGUGCGCAACGAGAGGACUUUCUUCCUGUUUGACAAGACGCUUCUCAUCACCAAGAAGCGGGGUGACCACUUUGUCUACAAGGGCCACAUCCCGUGCUCCUCGCUGAUGCUCAUUGAGAGCACCAGAGACUCCCUGUGCUUCACCGUCACCCACUACAAGCACAGCAAGCAGCAGUACAGCAUCCAGGCCAAGACGGUGGAGGAGAAGCGGAACUGGACCCACCACAUCAAGAGGCUCAUCCUGGAGAAUCACCACGCCACCAUUCCUCAAAAGGCCAAGGAAGCCAUCUUGGAAAUGGACUCCUACUAUCCCAAUCGGUACCGUUACAGCCCAGAGCGGCUGAAGAAGGCUUGGUCGUCCCAGGAUGAGGUCUCCACCCACCCUGUGCGCCAGGGGCGCCGGCAGUCCGAGCCCGCCAAGCACCUGCUGAGGCAGUUAAAUGAGAAAGCAGCCAGAGCAGCAGGAAUGAAGCACGCAGGCAGCGCGGGCGCCCUCCUGGACUGUGGGCAGCCUCCCUGCCCCCAGGGCCUGCAGCUGGAGGAGGAGGCUGAGGGGGCUGCCGAGGAGGAACAGGAGGAAGAGGAGGAGGAGGAGGAGGUGGUGGAGGAGGAGCAGGCCUUUCCGGUCUCUCUGGAGGACCUGGCAGGGCACCAAGGCGAAGGCAGCGAGAAGGGGGCCGGGCCGGAGCCCCCAGGCUCGGAGGAGGAGGAGGAGAGUCUGGCAGUGGCAGAGCAGGUAGCCGACUUUGCCAGCUCCCUGCUGGCCGCCCUCCACUGCUGGCACUAUCGGGCCAACGCUUUACUUUUCUCCCGGGGCGCUAUGGGCAAGGGGCGCAGGGAGUCUGAAGAUCCUAAGAACUGCGGAAGACCCAGCAGCCGGUCGCCAAGCAGUGCUGAGAAGCGCAUGAGCUUUGAGUCAGAGUCCUCCCUGCCAGAGGGCGAGCCGUCAGACCCUGAGCCUGGGGCUGAGCCGGAGGAGGAGGUGUUUACAGCCAUGGAGGGUCCUGGCCCCGAGGAGAUGCCAUCAGAUGCCGAGGCUCCAGAGUCUCUGGAGAUGCAUCUUGAUGCCCACGAAGAGCCGCCACAGCUGGAUCCCACUGUGGACGCAGAGGAAUUCCCCAUGGCCGAGAGUCCUGAAGAGCUGAAGGCCCUGAGCAGUGAGGACGAGGAGGAGGAGGAGGAGGAGGAGGAAAUGGGCCCCGUGCAGGAGCCUGAGAGCCUCCUGCCUCCCUCCGUCCUAGACCAGGCCAGUGUCAUCGCCGAGAGGUUUGCAAGCAGCUUCUCCCGGCGGAGCAGUCUGGCGCUGGAGGACAAGUCCAGCGGCUUGGGGACGCCACCUCGGCUGGCCAGCCGGAGCAGCAGCAUGCUCAGCCUGGAGGGUAGUGAGAAGGGCCCAGCCCGACGGGGCAGCAGCACCACGGACUCCUCCCAGGCCUCUCAGCCCCUGCCUGACAUGGACGGUAGCAUGGCCGUGGCCAUGGAUGGUGGACCACCGGUAAACGGGACUGAGUCCAGCAGCCCUGUCUGCCCCACCGAGCCCGACAAGGCUUCCUGCAAGAAGAAGGAGUCGCUGCUAUCCACACGGGACCGGCUGGUGCUAGACAAGAUCAAGAACUACUAUGAGAACGCUGAACACCAUGAUGCCGGCUUCAGCAUCCGGCGCCGUGAGAGCCUGUCCUACAUCCCCAAGGGCCUGGUGCGCAACUCCGUCUCCAGGUUCAACAGCCUUCCGCGGCCAGACCCGGAGCCGUGGGUGGCGCCGGCGGGCUGCAGGCGCCAGGCGGGCUCCCGGCCGGCCUCGUGGGCCCUGUUUGAUCUCCCAGGACCAGGCCAGGUGGGUGCAGGCGAGCCAGCUCCCAUCACAGAGGCCGAGUUCCGUCCGUCUUCGGAAAUGGUGAAGAUGUGGGAGAUGAUGGAGGAGGAUAAGGAGGCGCCCGAGGGGGGCCCGAGGGAGGGGCGGGGCCGGCGCCAGGCCAAUGGCUUGGACCUGCACGAGCCGCUCUUCAUCCUGGAGGAGCACGAGCUGGGGGCCAUCACGGAGGAGUCGGCCGCGGCCUCGCCCGAGAGCGCCUCCCCAACCGAGCGGCCCAGUGCGGCCCACCUCGCCCGUGAGCUCAAAGAGCUGGUGAAGGAGCUGAGUGGCAGUGCCCCCGGCGAGCUGGUCACCCCCCUGCAUCCCCGCAUCAUGCAGCUGUCCCAUGUGAUGGACAGUCACAUGAGCCAGCGUGUCAAGAACAAGGUCUACCAGCUGGCACGCCAGUACAGCCUCCGCAUCAAGAACAAGUCAGCCAGGCCACCUCUGCCGUGGGAAAGGGGUUCACCGGUCACGGUCCUCGAAGGCGGGAAAUGCCUGCAGGAGGCAGCUGGAGAGCCACCUGGUGGCAAAGGUAGGAGGAGGCUGCCACUGUCGCUGCUGAGCCCAGAGCAGCUGAGCAUCGCUGAACACAGAGACCCCAAGGCCUCCCCGGCUGGGGACGUGUCACCACGGCAGCUGUCUUUCAGCCCCUCUGCUGUCAGUCCCAGGACCACCUCUCCAGGCGUCCGGCCCAGCACUCGGAGCCCCCUCAGCCCCUUCGACACAGAGACCUUCCACUGGCCAGACGUCCGGGAACUCUGUUCCAAGUAUGCAUCCCAUGAUGAGGCUGUCCAGGGCCAGGGCGGCCGAGCCCGCGGCCCACCUGUCAAUCGGAGCCGCUCGGUACCCGAGAACAUGUUGGAGCCCCCGCUGUCGGGCAGGGUGGGCCGCUGCUGCAGCCUGAGCACCGAGCCCCCGGGGAGUGAGGCCCUGUAUGUCACUGCGGAUGUCACCCUGGACAACCAUCAGCGGGUGAUUGUCAUGGAGAAGGGGCCCCUCCCCAGCCCUACUGCAGGGCUGCAGGAAGAGGUGGGUGAGGAUGGUGGGCAGGGCCCAGAGACUACACAGUAUCCCCCGAAGGAAGAGGGGCCCAGGGACUCGGCCGACGCCAGCCAGCGGGGCCGCGUCAGAAACCUGAGGCAGAAGUUCCAGGCCUUGAACUCCAUAGGUUGACUGGGGGACCUGAGGUUGGGGGACCCCCCCCCCGCCACCUGGGCCAGGGGCUGGUGUGCCACCCUGCUCUUGUAAAUAAUCCCUCCCUUGGUAUAAGAAGCCAAAUAUUUAAGCUCACCUCUACCCAGCCAGUACCCGGAGACUCGGGGGCAGGGGCCUGGUUCUGUAACACUCUGUCGUCUUAGGCUCCAGGCAGCAAUGAAGCCAAUAAUUUAUUGCUUUCUUUCCUGUGGGGCAUGAGUCUGAGUGUGCGUGUGUGCGUGUGUGUGUGUGUGUGUGCAGGUGGGCACAUGUGCCCCCCAUGUGUAAUCUCCCGCAUGUCGGGGCCGCUGCGGUACUUUGAGGGUUGUCACUCCUGUUAUACACAUUUCAUUAUUUGCCAACAGUGCAAUAACUACUGCUGACCAA